CUUCCACUGUAGGAGGCAGAAGGUUUAGGGAUUUGGUUACAGAACAUCAUGUAUUUUUGACUAAUACAUGCAUAACAACGAGUCACCAUGACUAUCGGGAUUUUUGGCACGUGGGACCAUCAGUUCAAUGCCACUGAGCAAGCACUCACAGACAAGAUGAAGAACAACCCUUGCUAUCCAUUCACUAUAGUGAAGGACAUGUUUGUUCUUGAAUACCUGCAUGAAAACAUCUGGAAAGGUUCACUGCUACUGAUCGCCUCCACCAUUGGAACAGCCUGCUACAUGAACAUGGAGUUUGGGGACCAUCACAAGUAUACUGGGUUCCUGGUGUUCAGCCUGUGUCUCUCUCUGUGGCUGGUCUGUUCCGGGGCCUUCCGCCGGCGCCUGGUGAUCGAUCACAAGAAGAAGGAGUACCGCUACUACAUUCACACACACCUACGUCACAGGGGCCCCUUGCACCAGAUCUACAUACGCAUGAUAGCACAGGAGAGUGGACAGGGACUGCUGAUGUACAAGCUGAUGCUAAAUGGAUACAAGAUUGAAGAGAGGGAGCUCAGUGGCUUCUCAGAGAAAUAUGAGCUGUUGGAGUGCCAGGGCAGGAGGAUAGCGACGAAACUCAACCUCAAUUACUUUGACUACCAAGACACUUCGAAACGCCACCUUGUCUUCCACAGGCCCAAAAUCAUCCUGUCUGCCAACAAUGAUUGCAACAAUCCACCUGUUUGAGGAUGAGGAAGUUCCUCUGUGAUCAAUCACGUGGUGCUGUCAGUGUCCCUGCUAUGUUGCCUUUACCCUAUCCAUAUUCCAUAAACAGCCCAAAUUCAAAGAUGAAA